GCCGUAACAGCGUUGCGGGCCCAACAAGGCCUUUGCCUCUUCGCCGUCUAACUCAAUGGCAGCGAGGAUUGAUUGGCUAUCAUUGCCGACUCGUGUGGUCUACUCCCUGUCUCGUGGGCAUUCCGGAGGCAGUGGCUGACUGUCUUCGCUUCCCGUCCGAUCAAUCAAGGGGAGAAUCACGCCUGCAAGACUGUCAUCCGGGUGACGUACAGCCCCACACUAGGGCUGAGUGCGCAAGGGAAGGGUAUCCCCAGCGGGUCGAGUUGGUCGGGACCUGGCUGUCAUGGAGGAGGAUGCCCGGCCGUGCAACAGUCACCGCUAGAUGAACAACCUUGGAAACGACUAGCGCGCAGGAAGGGGGAAAAAAAAAGUUGGGGUGCAUCGCCCGAGCAGGUACCACACCUACUUGCGUGUUUCUGCCAAUGCUCCGGCGUACCAUCGGCAAACCUGCUUCACAAGCCCUGGCACAUCGCUAGAUUGGCGAUCACAGGCAGGUUUCUAACCAAGUACGGAGGUACCAGUCUACCUUCAAAUGUACCCUCGUAUCUGGCCUGCCUGCAGCAAGCAAGUGCUGCAAGGCACAUCAUCCGGAUUGGCCGGGCUUCUCGACCGGUGCCUGGUGGAUAUAUAUCAAAGGCGGCAUCCCCCGCAGCCCAUUCUGAUGAUGGGCCUCACAUUCUCACUGACAGUCCUUACCAUAACCUCUCACCCAAGUUUGGCUCGCAUCAGCCACUUUCAAGACUGGACUUGCCGUCACCCAAGAGUCUCUCAUCAGUGAUAGCGGAGACUGUCUUUCUCUACCAUAACACCCACCACUUCCCACCAGGGACGUCAUCACCACCGGGCAUCACACCUUUGCACCACCCACAAUGGUUGGCUCGGCUGGCCAUAUGCGGAUCCUACGUGGGGUCCGCAGCCACAAGAAACUGCGCACGACCAUGCCAGCGGAUGAGCUGGAAGACCAGAGAAUCGUCCACAGGAGGCAACAUAGCGAUGGUGCACCGGCACCAGUCUCGAGGAUACCAUCGACGGAGAGGCAUGCGCGAUCACACUGGCCACCAAUCGAGUGGGACCCACUCAAGCUCAACCCACCAGCUGCUCAGGUCUCGGACAUGGCGGCCAAGUCCCGUGAGAGCCUCCCUACGCAAUCAUUACGGUCAAAACAGUCUUUCGCCGGGCAUGAGCUACGGCGGCCACGAAUGCAUCACUCGGACUCCGGGUUUUCACUGAUGGUCCACGAUGGCUUCGACUUUGGAUUUGAGAGGGAGCAGGCCCUCGGCCGGAUGAUCGAGCGCAACCGAGCGCACGAUGAUGACACAUAUGCCAAAGGAUGGCCGUCACCGGCGUCAAGCGUCGACUCGGGCAAGUCCUGGUUCGACCACGACGACGACGAGGAGGGGGAGGAGGACGCCGCCGUGAAGAGGAGCAACGAGCUGUCAUCUACGCAGAGCCCCCAGCGGAGACCACAGGUUGCCUCUCCGGAUGAUCCAACGCACUAUCUCAAGCGUGGGGGCUGGAAGCGAAGAGGUAUCUACUUUGGUGGACAGAGUGAAGAGGUCUACCAGAAGGAAGAUGAUGCCUUUGACCUCCCAUGAGAGGUCAGCUGUGCACCACACGUACACACGCACCCAGCAAGGCCGCGGGGAUCAUGGAUUUCUUUUAUGAGGAAUUCUGCCAAGGGUUCAUGACGACCUGAUUUCGGAUUCCUCUCUCUUUGUUUUGAGUCUUUUUUACAGCAAGCAUGGAGUUCCGAGCGAUUGUUUUCUGAGCGAUUUGAUAUCACUUCCCGGAUCAGAGCAUGGCAUGUGGCAUUUACGGACUGGAUUUGGGGUUACUGGGACUGCAGGCCGCGCACAGCCUUGCCCAUGUUCGGGAGUGUCGGGAUUAUCUCUCAGCUGUUAUGACACAGGGCACACACCAUGACACGAUCUCGCAAGCCGAGAGGACGAGUCACAACAAGCAACAAACUAGAACAGCAUUCAUCAGCUUACGCAGGCCGGAGGCGUCGGGCUGAAUCGCCCUGCAUAAUAAGCAUGUUUCGAAACCUAGAUGGCAGUGCAGCGGUGUACAGACACGCACUUGGUAACUAUGUAACUAUGUAGUAGCAACACGCUCAAGAAACAAGGGGAAAAAAGAAAGAUACUUGAAUCAACAUGGAACAAAGCUUGACCCAG